AUGCUUUUGAUGAUCAAAAACAAAGUGUUCGAUAGAACAACUUCGAAGAUACUGGAAAAGCUGGCUCUCUUCCCAGACAAAUCAUUGCGAAGACAUUUCAGCAAGGCAAGGAGUGCCGAAGAUUUUAUCUCGUCAGAAUCGACCAAAGUAGACGAAUGGUGGGCUUCAAGCAGGUUUGAAAAUGUAAGUCGUCCCUAUUCAGCCACUGAUGUCGUAAAGCAUCGAGGCAGUAUGCCUGCGAAAACUUCAGUCUACCCUUCGUCUUACCAAGCUCGAAAGCUAUUCAACUUAUUGGAAGAAAACUUCAAGAGUGGUACCCCACUCCAUACGUUGGGCGUCAUUGAUCCUGUACAAAUGAGCCAGUUAGCUCGUUGUGAAGGUAUCAAAGUUGCAUACAUAUCCGGUUGGGCUUGUUCCUCUACAUUGGUUGGAUCUACAAACGAAGUAUCACCAGAUUUUGGGGAUUAUCCAUAUGACACGGUGCCAAAUCAAGUAGAAAGAAUUUUCAAGGCACAACAAAUGCACGAUCGGAAGGCCUUCCUAGAGGCUUCCAUCAGGGGUUCUACUCCAGUUGAUUAUUUACAGCCAAUCAUUGCAGACGCGGAUAUGGGCCAUGGUGGCCCAACUACUGUAAUGAAAGUCGCUAAGUUGUUCGCAGAGAAGGGAGCCGCUGGUAUCCACCUUGAAGACCAAAUGGUAGGAGGUAAACGUUGUGGUCAUCUUAGCGGGGCUGUUUUGGUGCCCACAGCAACACAUCUUAUGAGAUUAAUUUCUACCAGAUUUCAGUGGGAUAUUAUGGGAACAGAAAACUUACUUAUUGCAAGAACAGACUCUUGUAAUGGCAAUUUGUUGAGUUCAAGCAGUGACCCAAGAGAUCAUGAAUUUAUCAAAGGUAUCAUAAGGGAAAACGUAGUGCCUUGGAGUGAAAAGCUGAUCGAAAUGGAAGAUAAAAAGGUUUCUACUUCUACGAUUUCCGAUAUGGAACAAGAAUGGUACCAGGAAAAUGAGUUGUUCACAUUUGAAGAGGCCAUAGCAAAACAAUGUACAGCAGGCGAAUUCAAGAAAUACAACGAAAAGAAGGAUGACCUUAUGACAAACAAACUGGGAAGAUCGUAUUUAAGUCUAAGGGAAAUGAAACUUUUGGCCCAGGAAAUCGCACCAUCCAAAAAAGUCACAUUCGACUGGGAUGCUCCAAGAACUAAAGAAGGUUAUUACAUGUUUAAGGGUUGUAUUGAAGCAGCUAUCAGAAGAUCGUUAGUAUUUGCGCCAUAUUCUGAUAUGAUUUGGCUGGAAACGAAAACCCCUGACCUAGAGCAAGCACGUUCGUUUUCAAGCGAGAUCCACAAGUAUUUCCCGGCUACCAAAUUAGUAUACAACUUAUCUCCAAGUUUUAACUGGAGCGCCCACGGAUUCGAUGAUAAAGCGUUAAAGUCCUUCAUAUGGGACUUAGCAAAAGAAGGCUUCACGUUGCAAUUAGUUUCCCUUGCAGGUCUGCAUUCAGACGGGGUAUCGUUCUGGGAGUUAGCCAGUAGCUUCCAAACUGACGGGAUGAAAGCAUAUGUCGAAAAGGUGCAAAGGCGGGAAAAGAAAAGUAACUGCGAUAUCUUGACACACCAACUUUGGUCCGGGGCAGAAUACGUAGAUUCUCUAAUGAAAGUCGUCCAAAACGGUGCUUCAUCUCAGACUUUAAGCACAUCCGGUGAGAGCUUUACCGAAACGCAGUUCUAA